AUGGUGUUGAGAAGAAGCAUUAUUAUUGCAAUAGCAAUAAGAGUGGUUGUGAAUGUGAUUUUUCAUACUCAAAUAUGCAUCUCAGUGUCACUCAUCAAUAGGCAUAGCUUUCCAAAGGGUUUUGUUUUUGGCACUGCUGCUUCAGCUUUUCAGUAUGAAGGGGCAGUCAAAGAAGAUGGAAGAGGGCCAUCUGUGUGGGAUACUUUUUCUCACACACCAGGAAAGAUACUGGAUGGAAGCAAUGCUGAUGUUGCAGUGGAUCAAUAUCAUCGUUAUGAAGAAGAUGUACAACUCAUGAAAGACAUGGGAAUGGAUGCAUAUAGGUUUUCAAUUUCUUGGUCUCGAAUUUUACCGGAUGGAUCUGGUGAAAUUAACCAAGCUGGAAUAGAUCAUUACAACAAACUCAUCAAUUCUUUAUUAGCCAAAGGAAUUGAACCAUAUGUGACUCUCUACCACUGGGACCUACCCCAAGCCUUGGAAAAGAAGUAUAAGGGAUGGCUUAGUCCUAUGAUUAUAAAAGACUUUGCAACGUAUGCUGAAAUAUGCUUUAAAAAUUUUGGAGAUAGAGUGAAACAUUGGAUCACUUUUAAUGAACCUCAUACAUUUGCUAUGAUGGGAUAUGAUCUUGGAUUUGAGGCUCCUGGAAGAUGCUCUAUUCUACUUCAUCAGUUAUGUAGGAAUGGGAACUCUGCUACUGAACCCUACAUCGUGGCUCAUAAUGUCCUUAAUUCUCAUGCAAUAGUAGUAGAUACUUAUAGGAAAAAAUACAAGAAAAUACAAGGUGGGUCUAUUGGGAUAUCUCUAGAUGUGAUUUGGUUUGAGUCAGCAACAAAUUUAGAAGAAGACAUUCAAGCAACUCAACGAGCUUUAGAUUUUCAAUUGGGCUGGUUUCUAGACCCAUUGGUUUUUGGAGAUUAUCCAACCUCCAUGAGAAGUAGAGUUGGGAAAAGGCUACCAAAAUUUUCUAAAUCUCAAGCUAGUCUUCUUAAAGGUUCACUAGAUUUUGUGGGCAUCAAUCACUACACUACAUUUUAUGCAAUGCACAAUACUUCUAAUAUUCUUGGAGUUUUACUUAAUGACUACAUUGCAGACUCUGGUGCCUUUACUCUUCCAUUUAAUGGUACCAAUGUUAUAGGAGAUAAGGCAAAUUCUAUAUGGUUGUAUAUAGUACCACACGGGAUGAGAAACACAAUGAAUUAUAUCAAACAUAAGUAUGGAAAUCCUCUGAUCAUUGUCACAGAAAAUGGUAUGGAUGAUCCAAAUGAUCCAUCUAUCUCCAUCAAAGAUGCUUUGAAGGAUGAGAAAAGAAUUAAAUACCACAAUGAUUAUUUAACUAACUUACGAGCAUCCAUUAUUGAAGAUGGAUGCAACGUAACAGGCUACUUUGUGUGGUCACUACUAGACAAUUGGGAAUGGCAAUCUGGAUUCACUUCAAGAUUUGGUCUAUAUUUCAUUGAUUACAAAGACAACUUGAAGAGAUACCCAAAACAUUCUGUUGAAUGGUUCAAGAAGUUUUUGAAUUCAACUUGAUGACAAACAUGGUUUACAUGUAAUAGGAAAUGGGGAAUGUAACAUGAUCUUUGAUUCCUAGAGUUUGUGAUGACUUCUUUGUAAUA